AUGGGUUUAGAAGAUAGCAAAUUCUUACAAAGAUUUAUUAAUUUCGGAGAAAAGAAAGCUGGUUCAACUACCAGAGGUAUUUUAGUUGGUUUAUUUGCCGCUUUUGGUGGUUUCUUAUUCGGUUAUGACACAGGUACCAUUUCUGGUAUAUUGGCUAUGGACUAUGUCAAACACCAUUUCCCAGCUAGUAGAAAUUCAGCUAAUCCAGAAUUCACCUCAAGUGAAAGUUCCCUUAUUGUCUCAAUUUUAUCGGCUGGUACUUUCUUUGGUGCUUUAAUCGCCCCACUUCUUUCUGAUAGAAUUGGUCGUAGAUGGACAUUGAUCCUUUCUACUUUAAUCGUUUUCAAUCUCGGUGUUUUAUUACAAACUAUUUCUACCUCAAUUCCUUUAUUGGUCGUCGGUAGAUGUAUUGCUGGUUUAGGUGUUGGUUUAAUUUCUGCUGUUAUCCCAUUAUAUAUUGCGGAAACCACUCCUAAAUGGAUUAGAGGUGCUGUUGUCUCAUCAUAUCAAUUUGCUAUUACUAUCGGUUUAUUCAUUGCUUCCUGUGUUAACAAAGGUGUUUCUGAUAGAGAAGAUUCGGGAUCUUACAGAAUCCCAAUUGGUUUACAAUUCUUAUGGGCUAUCAUCUUAGGUGGAGGUAUGCUUUUAUUACCAGAAACUCCAAGAUUCUGGGUCUCCACAUCUAACCAUGACAAAGCUUUAGAUUCUUUAAGAAGAUUAAGAAAACUUCCAAUCGAUCAUCCAGAUUUAAUUGAAGAAUACAAAGACAUUAAAGCUAAUUUCGAAUUUGAAUCUCGAUAUGGUUCUGCUACUUGGGGUCAAGUUUUCAAGAACGUUAACAAACAACACAAGAGAUUAUUCAUGGGUGUUGUCAUUCAAGCUUUACAACAAUUGACUGGUAUUAACUUUAUCUUCUACUACGGUACUCAAUUCUUCCAAAGAUCAGGUAUUAAAAACCCUUUCCUUAUUCAAUUAGCUACUAAUAUUGUCAAUGUCGGUAUGACUGUCCCAGGUAUUGCAUUAAUUGAAUUAUUAGGUAGAAGAAACUUAUUAUUAGGUGGGUCCGUUGUUAUGGCUGUCUCUCAAUUGAUUGUGGCCGUUGUCGGUGUUGCUACUGAUUCCAAGGCUGCUAACCAAUGUUUAGUUGCUUUCACUUGUAUUUUCAUCGCUGGUUUCGCUGCUACCUGGGGUCCAUUAUGUUGGGCUGUUGUUGCAGAAACUUAUGCUCUUAACGUCAGACAAAAGUCUAUUGCCCUUUGUACUGCUUCUAACUGGUUAUGGAACUUCGGUAUUGGUUAUGCUACUCCAUACAUGGUUGAUUCUGGUCCAGGUAAUGCUAAUUUAGGUUCUAAAGUUUUCUUCAUCUGGGGUGGUUGUAAUGUUAUUGGUUUCUUAUUCGUAUACUUCUUCGUUUAUGAAACUAAGGGAUUGACUUUAGAACAAGUUGAUGAAUUAUACUUGAAGGUUGAUAACGCUUGGAAAUCUAAAGGAUUCGUUCCAACCGAACACGCUUUCAGAGACGAACUUUCCGAAUCUGAUGAAGGUAAAGCUGAAGUUCUCAUGGACUCUGCUUAG